AUGGACACUUUAGGACACGCAGGGGGCGCCCGAGAUGUCCGAGGCGCUCCCAAGAUAUCCGGAAGCCCCAGCUCCGGGGGCGGCCGGACAUCCCAGAACCGCCAGGUGCACAGUCUUCUCCCCGCCCACCCCAUCCCCUUGGCUCCCCGCAGCGUCCACUUUCCCGUCUGGAGCCCCCGGCUGGUGUCCAAGCAUCCGCUUCCUCCUCUGCUUGAGUUGGAAUUGUCACCCGCCACCCCGCCCCCCCCCCGUCCCCUGCACGCACAGAGCCAGAGUCCACCCCACGGCCGCGCCUUGGUUUCCAGGUCUGGGCGGGGAUGCCCCAGCGGGGUCUGGAACCCCGCGCCCACGCACUGGCUGCGGCUGGAAGUGAAACUCGACUCGGUGCAGGAAAAAGCACGUGACCGCGCCUAUUACCGGGGAUUACCCGACGGGGAGGGCUGGGCCGGCGCUGUGCCCCCACGUGCAGUCCCGCGCAAAAUCGCGCCGCCUGGCCUUGCAUCGCACCGUCCCCUCUCUCGGCCGGCGAAUCUAGAGCUGCCGGCGCCGCUUUCCCCAGCAGCCCUCGCGUCUCGGGGUGAUGCGCCCCUGCUACUCAUCCUCAACCUGGCCAGAUCUGUCCAGACUCCCGGGGAAGGCUUUCCCCCUCUGAGUCCCCAGGUCGCCUUCUUGUCCCCAAAGUCAAGCCGGACAUCCCCGAAGCGCCAGGCCGGGAGGGGGCCCAGAGCCAAGCACUCACCUGGGCUCUCUAGGAGGCCGCGGGAACCCCCAGGACUCCGCAAGCCUCUGUGCCGAGAGGUGUCCUUGGGCCAAGAGAAACCCGAGGCUCUGCAGGAUGAGCGCGUAUUUGACCGCAGGAGCCCAGCGGGGGGCUGCGACCUGGCAAGGCAGACGGGUUGGGGGCCGCAGGUUUGUGGACGUGUAGACUUGGGCCCUACUUGGAGCAGCAUGCGAGGCCCCGCCCCGCAGGCAGGCGCAACCCGUCCCGUCCAGGCGCCCCAGCCAGUUUGCGCCCAGCGGUCGGUCAGCAUUCGGACCUCGGCCUCCGAGCGCAUCGCGUUCUCGCAGAGCGCUCGGGCGCGGCCCGGCUUUCCGCGCGGGAGUGGGGGCUUAGGGGCGUGGGGUCCCAGGGUGGGCCUGAGGCACCCUGCAGCCCCCUCCCCCGGCCUGGGCGCGCUCCCAUCUGGAAUGUGGGUGGAGGCUCCUUAUUCCGGGGCCCCAGGCGUCGGCUACUGGGCGGGGGCGCGUGGCAGCCGCCAGCAGCUCUGGGCGCUGUCCUUUCGCCGCCGCUGGGGCCAGGAGAACGAGACAGCGCCGGAGUCUUUUCUGCGGCGGCCUCCUCCCUUCCCCGCUGCCGCCGGGUGCCGCAGGAUCGCAGCUGACACCGGCGGCCCGCACAACUCCCGGAGCGCCGAGAGCGGCUCCUCCUCCUGCCCGGCUCCUGGCUUCUCGGCUCCGGGCGGAGGCGGCGGCGGAGGCGAGGCCCGAAAGGAGCCGCGACCAGGCGGCGGAGCGCGGCACCGGGACUGGGCCGAGGGUGCGCCGUGCUGGGCCGCGCCGGGCCCGGGCGACGGCGGGAGCGGCGCACAGGGCCGCCCGCAGCCGCAGGGAGAGCGCGGCGGCGGCCCGGGCCGGUCAGGCGCCCGGGCAGGUGACGGGCGGGGCGGCAGCGGCGGCUCCAGCCUGGCCCCGGGCCCUGGUGGCGCUGAUGCCCGCGAGGCCGCGGACGUCCCGGCCGGCCGGCUCCUGAGCCCGCGCGGGGGAGCGAGCGCGGCGGCGGCGGCGGCCCCGGGGACGCUCCAAGGAGCAGGCCCGGCCCCGCCCCCGCCCUUCCGUCCCCACCCCCUCCCGGCGGCUCGCGGCUCCCGGCGGCGGCGGCGGCAGCGGCGGGCGCGCACUCCGCCUCCCCGCGCGGGCGCGCCGGCCUCUCAGCCCGCCGGCCCGGCCCGGCCCCGCCCGCCCGUGCCCUGA